AGGUCGACGGUUGUGUUUUUGUAUAAAUAAGAAGGAUCUUUGUUUUUUUUAUUUUCGCGGCAACGUUUUUACAGCUGCAGGUGAAUGUCAUAAUGUCAAGAAUGUCUGUUCAGCAAACAUCGAGCAAAUGAUCUUCUGGAUGGUUUAGACUUGUUCGAGCCAGUCAUGAUGAUGAGUGGAGCCUCGAGGCUUUUUUGUUUAUGUGUGAAGUUUUACCUUUACCCAUUUUAAACGUGACAUUUAAAUAAUAUUCUAACCUUAUUUAUUUUCUUCUGUGAUUGUGAAAAGUUUCUAGUUUAUUGAAGUUGUUGUUUUGGCUGGAUGUACACGUGUGUGUGUGUAAAGUUACAGUGGGAGGAGGCAAGGUGCUUAAAUAAGCGGUACCCACAGAUCACUCUGUAACAUGAGAGGUGGGCUAUAGAUACCCCUAACCUUUCCGGUGUAUUCCUGUUUGUGUGGUUGCGCAGAACUUGGUACAAGCUGGUUUAGCUGUUCCAGGACAAUACGGUUUUGGGCACCGGGCCUGGCUGCUGCUCCGCUGUCAGUCUCGUCAGUCUUGGCUUCAUCGGUCGAUUUGGUACUGUCCAGAAAUGCACAAGACGGACUUUGGUUUUGAUUUCAAGCGUUCUUCAGCUGAGCUCACCUCAGUUCAGCUGUAGAAAACAUGCCACUGCUAAAAGCAUGUUUGUUGCGUCCGACUGAAAGCCAGGUUUCCAGACUUCAACAGGUCUUUCAGAUUUCUGCAGUUCCAGCAGCAGCAGCCCCCCUUUCCAGCCCAUCCGCAGUCAGAUCCCCAUACCCACUGCACAUGUCAUGCCAUCCACGGCCGGAGCCCUGGCCUCUAAGCCUCAGCCAUUGGCCCAGGAGGAUUCUCUGUCCUCUGAGGGUCACAGGUCUUCCUUUGGCUCCAGAACCACAAGUGGCUCCACUUCGAAGUCUUCCUCUCUCUCCAAAUCGGUAUCUUCGCCCAACCUGGAUGCUCAGGACGAUGUGGGAGGUAAUCAUGCGGGGCCAAAGCCAGACUGCCUGAACCGUUACCGCAGCCUCGUCAAUGGGCUGGACCACUCUCUUUUCCCCUCGGAUCACACUCGAAUGGAUGAGUGCCAGAGGUUUGACACUCCUGCUGUGGAACCUACGCUAAAUCAGUCGGCCCUGUUGGGGGGGUUAUGCCCUGAUGUCAGACUCCGAUUACAGGCCACCGGGAUUAGAGACACCCCAGACUGUGUGUCUGAGGCUUACAGGGGAGGCAUGGAGCACAGCUAUAAGGUUCUGCCUGAAGCUAGGGCUGGGGUUCCCGGCACAGCAGAAACCUCUAAUCAGAGGGGCAGUCAGCCUGGUGCGGCCGGAUCCGCUGGAGUUUAUGCCAACCCUCUCAGUCUGCUGAGGGAGCAUACCGGCUCCAAGGGAUAUGAGCCAUUGCGGCAGGACAGAUGUGGUGAACUGUCCAGCUGGCAGCAACAACAGCAACAUAAGCAGCAACUGGAGAGUUUACGUAUGCAAGUGGAACAAAUGCAGCUUUUGAGUGCUGGAGUGGGCCAGUACCCAUCUCUGUACUCGACGCCCGUUCACUCGGAGUCUGGCAAAUGGGAUGCUCUGGUCAAAGCCAGUGAGAGUCUGCUAAAGGAGAAGGAACUCAUCAUUGAGAGACAAAAGCAGCAUAUGACCCAGAUGGAGCAGCGUCUGAGGGAAAGCGAGCUGCAAGUCCAUGGAGCCCUCCUGGGUCGAGGAUCUUCUUAUGGAGAUAUGUGUAUGCUGAGGCUACAGGAGGCCCAGAGGGAGAAUGCCUUCCUGAGGGCGCAGUUCACCGAGCGCACCGACUGUGUUGUUCUGGAAAAAGUGGAGGCAGAGCGCCGACUGGGUGCAGUUGAGGCAGAGACACGCCGACUAAUUGACAGCCUGAAGGAGACCUGUGAGAGACAUGCGGAGGAGAUGAAGAAACAGGAAGAGAGGAUCCGCAGUCGAGACAAACACAUCAACAACCUGAAGAAGAAGUGUCAAAAAGAGACCGAGCUGAAGAGAGAGAACCAGCAGCGCAUUGAGACUCUUGAGCGCUACCUCGCCGACCUGCCCACCUUGGAGGAUUACCAGAGUCAGAACAAGCAGCUUGUAGAGGCUGAACAGCAGGCGGCUCAGCUACAAGAGAGGGUACGAGAAAUGGAGGUCUGUCUAGAGAAGACGCGCUCACAACUACGAGAAAAAGACACGCAGCUGGAAGAUCAGAAACGCAGGGAGAGGGACCUGCUGACCACCAUUACCGAUAUGCAGCAGCGGGUACAGCAGGGCCUUGAGGAUGGCACCAGACUGCCUUCCCUUGAUAUGGAGAAGCUCAGAGGAGAGAACAAUUCUUUGAGAGAGGAGCAGCAGAGACUCAAAAAGGUCAUUGAGAAGCAGCACAGAAUGAUGGAACAACUUGGCACCCAGAUCCAGGCUUUGGAGGAUCAGCUAUCUCAAGAAGAGAGCAGCUCUCAGGCCCUCAGAGAAGAUGUGUUGGCCAAAGAGCAGAAUAAGUUAGAGCUCCACACAGCCAUGAAGGAGCUGUCUGCACAGAACCAGGAGCUGAUGGAGCAGAAUCUGACCCUGCAGGAGCAGAUGAGUGAUCCCGAGCAGAGGAGCACCAACCAGGCGUCCUCUGCCCCGCAGCCAGCUGGGACUCGUCUCACACGGAGGCUUCAUGUCGAGAUCGCGUCCUGCCUCAGGGACCUCCGCUCCCUGUGCAGCAUUCUGACGCAGAGAGCUCAGGGACAGGAUCCCAACCUCUCCUUGCUGCUCGGUCUCACAUCGCCUCCACCAGUGGCAGAGCUGGGCGAGGACUGGAUGAGUCCAGAGGUGCUGCAGAAGAAGCUGGUUGAAGCUCAGCAACUCCGGCGGGAUGUCGAGGAACUACGCAACGUAAUACUGGACCGGUACGCGCAGGACAUGGGAGAAAACUGCAUUACCCAGUAACCUUGCCAACCGGGUGAUGUAGGAAACUGGCAUACGCCGUUGAAGCAUCUGAAACGAGCUCGUCUUGAUGACGGGUUACUGAAUGUCAGAAAGAGGACUCCAUUUUAAAUUUUAUUAAAAUGAGGACACAGGAAAGCGCAAAUGGUUUCGCUUCUACUUCUCUCGACUGACUGUUCGUUGAUCUUUCAGCCUGCCUGUAGCUCAGCACCCCCCCCCCCCCCCCCCCCCAGAGUUCAUCUAUUUCAGUCCAAGGGCUAACGGAAAAUAACUUACCUCUAAUACUUGAUCCUUAAGCCUUGUGCGUGUUUUUUUUUUUUUAAAUAAUGACACGAAUACUGUUGGUAACCAAACAGUCUUAUACGUUUCAUUCUCGUGGAUAACCAUUUGUGUUAAUGUUAAUCUGAAUUUCCCCUCCUCGUGGGAAAUUAUCAAAGAAGUGGUUGACAAUCAACUGAAACUUUUUUUUUAACCUGUGCUUUUAACUGAAUUCACAAGUAAAUGUUACUAACAUACCAUUAUUUACAAUGGUGAACGCUGUAACAUGAGACUCUGCUGUGCUGUAAGAGACUUGAUACUGGGGAGUUUAAUACCAAAUUGGCUUCUCACACCAACGGGCCUACAACAGUUGAAUUACCAAAGAAACUGGUCGAAGCAGUCGUGCAAGUCUGUGAAUGUUUGUGCAUGCGUCUCUCCGCUGCAGGCCUCGUUCUCAAUGAAUACCAACAUGUGCCUUUCUGUCACGUUUGCAACCGCAAUGCUAAUUGAUGUGAGACGAACCACAAAGGGCUGCAGCGGACUCUUCCAAUAUGACCUUUCUCUCAGCGUAUUAGCCAGUGGGAUUGUCGAUACAUUCCCUGACUCUGAAAGUAGCAGAUACCUUUGGGCCACAUCACAGUUUGUUGAGGCCCGCCACUGUUUUGUUCUUGGAAGAUAAACAGAGCGAGUUAAAUCUAUUCUGUCUGGGUGAUCUUUGCAGAAUCUGCUCCAUGUAGAUGAAUACCGUCAUAGUUUACUGUACAUUUCAGGUUCAUAAUGGCUGACUCGCAUUUGACAGAGUGGUUAACUGAGAAACGGUAUUAAUCUUCAGUAUUAUUGUUUUUAUUGAAAACUCUGUGAAAGCCUAAUAUGUUUCUUUAAUGUGCUAAAAGGUUUCAGCAAACUUGUGUAAAGGUCCCAUGAAGUGUCUUUCAGAUUGUGAUUUUAUUUUCCUGUGCUCUGAUGUUUCAUGUUGGGCCUGAUGAGUGUAAAGAUGGGCAUCAGUCAUUGAGGGAAAGGGGAACAUGUUGUAAUGCGAUGCUGAUGGGAGGGGGUUGGCUGGUUCAUCCCCAACUCAACAAUCACAUUGUACUGGAUGGAGUUGUAUGUUUGUAGGAUAAGCCAUUUCAGAAAAGAAAAAAAUGUGACACUUUACAGGUGGAGAAAGGGAUUUUAAUAUAAAUAUAUGCAACAAUGACUUGACACAAAUCCUACAGAAAGAAAUCCCACACCCAGGUACAGACGAGCCAUUUCACAUUUCAUGGGACCUUCUAAAAACUUGAGUAGCACAAGAUGUAUCAUUGGAAAGUCUUUUGGAAAUGCCUUAACAUCUCAAAUGUUUUGCAAAAGGGAAAAAUAUGUUUAUAUUUUCAUACUUUGGUCCUUGUUUGUAUUUGCAUAUUUUAGAAAUAAAGAUUUUCAACAUUUAA